AACAACAAUCUUUCUCUCUCACUUGCUUCUCUAAACUGAUACAUGAAAGUUUUCAUGGUAUCAGAGCAAUGAACUAGGGUUUCUGGAAACUUCAUCCUGUUUUUCCUGCAAACCUUCAUACUUUCCGGUGAUUCUUUCAUCUCCGACGAGAUCUUACCUCUGUUUUCAGUCAUCUUCAUCCUCUGUUCUUCCUGUUUGUGUUUCUUCUGCUGAUUUCUUCGAUCUCUAUAUCUUCUUUGUGAUUCAAUUCAUCAAAACUGAAUCAUGUCUAUCUCAUCUUCAACAUCUGAAGUUUCUUCUUCAUCUGUCUCUACUCCUUUCAAUCAACUUCCUAAUAUCACAAACUUUCUCUCUCUGAAACUAGAUGAUAACAACUUUAUGAAUUGGAAACAUCAAAUUACAGUUGUUUUGAAGACACUUGGAUUACUGCAGUUUUUGAGUUCAAGUCAGACGAUACCUGAACCUGCAUCAGAUACACGAGAAGCAUGGGAGAAAGCAGACGGUUAUGUUAUGGCUCUCAUAACAGCUACCUUAUCACCGUCUUUGAUGCACCUUGUGAGAAAUGCUAGAUCUGCUUCAGAUCUGUGGAGAACUAUUGAGGAGACUUUCUUUCAGCAGGUGUUUGGGAAACAAUCGUUCUAUCGUACACAAUUUCACAAUCUAAAACAAGAGAACAAGUCAAUUAUUGAAUAUCUAAACACUGCAAAGGAGAUUGUUGAUGUUCUUAAUGCUAUAGGAGAUCCAAUUUCUGAUCAGUCUCUUGUUCUUCAAGUAAUUCAAGGAUUGUCACCUGAUUUUGAGCAUUUUGUGACUUCUGUUGAAAAUUUUGAUAUGAAAUUCAGCUAUGCUCAGCUCCGAUCUAAGCUUCUUACCUUUGAAGCUUGUCUAAAACAGAGACAAUCGUCUCAGACCAUACCUGUUGCUGCCAUGACCGCUCAAACUUCAAAUCCACCUCAUCUUGGCAAUUCUCAACUAAAUUCGACAUCAAUUCCAUGUCAGAUCUGCUCGAAAACUGGUCAUAGAGCCUCUCAUUGUUACUUUCGGUACUCACCUUCCAAUCAAGGUCAAACACAAACUGGAGGUCGUGGAAAUUGGAGAGGCGGUGGUAAUCGUGGAAGGUUUUCAGGUCGCUCUCCUGGUUUUCGCGGUGGUGGUGGUCGUGGAACCUGGGGUUCUGGUGGCGGUCGUGGUUUCUCUGCUAACUUUGCUGAUUGUUACUCAGGAAACCCUAAUUUUGGUAGGGAUAACCAUAGUCCUGAUGUUAAUUCUGGUCAUGAUGUUAAUGGAUCACCUGUUGGAUUUAGUAACAACUAUGGGCUGGUUCCUGUUGUUGGCCAUAGUCAUGGAGCAGGCAUCUUGGGCCCAAGUCCUGGCUAUUCUGGAUCUUUUGUUCAUGGUUUUGCACCAGUAGCUAGUUCACAGUCUGGGCCGACAGGUCAGCCUUCUAGUCAUGGGCCUGCUGGACAAAACUUAGGGACUACACCAUUGGGUUUUGGACCAGAUCACUUUGCUAGUUGGGCUGGACCACAGACUAGUUUUUCUGGGUCUCAUUAUGGGCUACAUGCAGAUUUGUCGAGUGCGUGUCAGCAGGUUGAGUUGUGGAUUCCGGACUCUGGUGCUUCUGCUCAUAUGACAUCUAGUCCUUCAUUGGUUUUUGGUGCUACUCCUUAUACCGGGACUGAGCGUGUUAUUGUCGGCGAUGACUCUUGCGGGUCAGAGCCUCCACCACAUGCGUGCUAGGCCGCAUCAGCUUUAUUCUCUCUUUGCGGCAUUCUCUGCUUCGCGAGAGACGUGGCAUUCUAGAUUGGGACAUCCGUCUGAUUCUGUUAUGACUAGACUCUCAUUGUUUACUUCUAGAAAUAAAACUGGAAAUACUGUUUGUAAUUCCUGUAAUAUUUCUAAAUCUAGUCGAUUGCCUUUUCA